AUUUUGCAAGGAGCGCUGAGCCGGGCUGCUCCACUGUACUUUGUUGGCUGAGAAGUUGAACAAGGGGUGGGGGUGGGAGGGUGGGGGGCUGGGGGGGGUCGCGUCCGAAAGCCCUCACACCGGUCCGGGUGCCACCUCUCCCUGCUUGGGCGCCGCCGUGCGAGUGCUUCCCUUCCCCCUGCGAGCGCCCGGAUAAUGUCUGAGAAUGUCCAUUUCUGGGACGCUUAGCAGCUAUUAUGUCGACUCGAUCAUAAGUCACGAGAGUGAGGACGCGCCUCCAGCCAAGUUUCCUUCUGGCCAGUACGCUAGCCCGCGGCAGCCGGGCCACGCGGAGCACCUGGAGUUCCCCUCGUGCAGCUUCCAGCCCAAAGCGCCGGUGUUCGGCGCCUCCUGGGCGCCGCUGAGCCCUCACACAUCCGGAAGCCUGCCGUCCGUCUACCACCCCUACAUCCAGCCCCAGGGCGUCCCGCCGGCGGAGAGCAGGUACCUCCGCACCUGGCUGGAGCCUGCGCCGCGCGGCGAAGCUGCCCCGGGGCAGGGCCAGGCGGCGGUGAAGGCGGAGCCGCUGCUGGGCGCGCCUGGGGAGCUGCUCAAACAGGGCACGCCCGAGUACAGUUUGGAAACUUCGGCGGGCAGGGAGGCCGUCCUGUCUAAUCAAAGACCCGGCUACGGGGACAAUAAAAUUUGCGAAGGAAGCGAGGACAAAGAGAGGCCGGAUCAAACCAACCCCUCUGCCAACUGGCUGCACGCUCGCUCUUCCAGGAAAAAGCGCUGUCCCUACACCAAAUACCAGACGCUGGAGCUAGAGAAGGAGUUUCUGUUCAAUAUGUACCUCACCAGGGACCGUAGGCAUGAAGUGGCCAGACUCCUCAAUCUGAGUGAGAGACAAGUCAAAAUCUGGUUUCAGAACCGGCGGAUGAAAAUGAAGAAAAUGAAUAAAGAACAGGGCAAAGAGUAAAGAUUACCCUCAGCCCUAUCCCAGCUCUUCCCCAUCUCACUCUUAUUUAUGUGAUGGCUGCAAAGCCAGUGCUGUCUGGGAUGUAUUCAAGUGAAUGGGGAAGGGAAUCUUUACCUUCCAAGUCCUUUAUCUGCACCUAGAGCCUCUCUCUUUUCCUUUGCCCUUACCUGUCUCUCUCUUCUCCCUGGGCAUCAGGAGAAAGUUUUGAUGUAGAAGUUAGAAGUAGUUUGUUCCUAAGAAGGUGAUGGGCUACAUGGAGAGACCCAUCAAGCUCCAAGUAGCCCUUGUAAUUUUUCUGGGAACCCCAGCCCCUUCCAGCUUGUCUGUUUCCUGCCCACACCUGCCCAAAAGUUGCCCAGGGACACUCCAACUACACACAGCCCAGCAGACACCCACAAACAUACAGCCUGGAGUCCACAGUAAUAACAGGGAAAGCUCACAACCACAAUUCAGUCAAGUAGUGACACCCCAAAUGCAGACUGACAAACAUCAAAUCUGUCAGACCUUGGACCAUCAGGCAACCCCCAGCUCUACCCUUGAUGCAAACACACGCUGAGAAGAUGUCUAGAAACAGAGACAGACUCCUGAAUGAGGUGCUGCAGCUCCCAAGGUCUCAGCACUGUAAUACCAUCCCAAGGAGUCACCAACUCUACCUAGGCCAUGGGCCUCAGGUAGAUAGGGCAAACUCCUUACUCCCAAGCUGGCUGGCCUUGAAAGGGCAAGAAAAGGUAGCAAGUGGUUUUAUGAAGGUACCUUAGGUGGAUCUUCCCUCAAACCUACUCCCCACAUUUUACUGCAGGAAAUGUUUAAUUCUGCAUGAUGCUUUCCUCUCCUUCCAAUAAAAGGAAGUCAAACUGUGUGGGUCAUGGAGCCUUGACAGUGUCGUCCUCCUGUUCAUUUGUGCCCCACUUGACAGACUGUAGCUUCUCUUGCUCUUUCAAUCGGCCCUGCAUUCUUCUGCAUCCUUCCUAGCUCUGAAAUCAACUCUUUUUGGCCAAAUCCACCUUGCACCAGUGAGUCAACCUGCCUCUUGUAGAAAAUCCCGACCACCCUCCUUAUUUCCCCGCUAGAUUGGCCCCUCUGUAGACAGGAAGGCUGGGUCAGGAAAGCCCUAUAGAGAAUUUAUUGUGAAUCGAUUGCCAGGCACCCUUCGGCCUAAGUUGUCCGGGACAGGGAGGAGCUAUAGCUCUAGCGCUUAGAGCAAGGUGCAUUGCUCCCCAUCCUGCCGGCUUCCCAGGAGGAGGAGCCCUGGGCUAGGCAGCCACAGCCCCAGCGCCAGUGGAGACUGGCCCCAGCGCAGGCUGUGCCACCGCUACAUCGGCUUAGAUGGCGAUCUGCGCGACUGGUGCGUGCGCACGCCUCGGGGUAGCAGUCCCGCGUGCAAAGGAAAGAAGCGAAAAUCGCACCUAAGCAUCAGGCAGAAGCUUAUUCUCUGCUUCCCUUCCUUUCCCCUGCUCCCAUAGCUCUCAAUACCCUCCAGUUCCUUCUUGCUCCUGCUUCUCCUGAUCCUGCAAGGGAACAUUCCAGUAGACGUUUUUUGCUUUGUCAGUGGCUGUUGUGAAAUUGUGCUUGUGUUUUGUGAUUUCUUUGGGGGUGAUUGUCUCGCCUGUUUUCAGUUGUCACUUAUAUAGGAGGGUUGUGGGUGGGAGUGGGAAGGGUGAGGGGCCUAGAGCUCUAAUUGUUUGUUUUGGAAGAAAAAUGAAAAAGAACAAAAAUAUAUCACUCUGGAAAAUAAA